AUCUUGUGUGUCUGGCACAAUGAGUUCCAGCGUUUGCAUUUUGGUGUGUGGCUACCUCCUUUCUUUUCCAUUCGUGUGUUUCGCUGCAAUUUUGCUUCUAUCACUCACUCAUUCACCGUUACAUUUCAUUUUCCGCUAAACACAAAACACGUGACCUUCCUCACAGAACAGAAAACUCAUUUCUUGCUUCAUUCAUUUUUACUUUAACAUGCAAACUAGCAUGUAACGUAAGUUUAACAGUAAAGUAGCUUCCGUUCCCGUUGUGACUGAUGGCCUCGGUGACGGGUUUUCUAGCCUCACAUGUCGGUGCUGUAAGGCACCACCGGUUUGAAGUUGGAAUUGGAGUUCGGGCGGUGUCGUCAUCUGAAUCUGAAACAGUGGCAGCUGUGAACGGAUCUUCUUCGCGGAAUGGUUCCUUGCUACUGAAGGAGGAAAAGAAGGUGCCUUUCUUGCGAGUUGAAGAGAAGAAGAAUAAGAGGGGAGAAGAAGAAGAAGAAGGUUUGGCAGCACUUUGGGAUGAUGGGUAUGGAAGAAGGAGUGUGGAAGAUUACUUUGCUGCAGCUAAGGAGAUGUGUAAAUCCGAUGGAGGCCCACCUCGAUGGUUUUGCCCACUUGAAUGUGGGCCUCCUUUCAAGGAUUCUCCCACUCUCCUGUUUUUACCUGGGAUGGAUGGCACAGGAUUGGGUCUCACUUUGCACCAUCAAGCCCUUGGGAAGGCUUUUGAAGUUCGUUGCUUGCAUAUUCCAGUUCAUGAUCGAACACCAUUUGAAGGGCUGGUGAAACUUGUUGGAGAAGCUGUCAAGCUCGAAUGUGCUUUGUCUCCAAAUAAACCAAUCUAUCUGGUAGGUGAUUCUUUUGGUGGAAGUUUAGCACUUGCAGUUGCUGCUCGCAAUCCAACAGUUGACCUAGUACUGAUAUUAGCCAAUCCAGCUACAUCCUUCGGCCAAUCUCAGUUGCAACCUUUGUUUCCUUUCAUGGAAGCUUUGCCUGACGAACUGCAUGUUGCUGUUCCCUUUCUUCUUAGUUUUAUCAUGGGUGAUCCAGUGAAGAUGGCAUCAGUCAAUAUUGACAAUAAGCUUCCUCCUGCCAAAAAAAUUGAACAAUUGUCAUACAACCUUACUGCAUUGCUGCCGUGUCUUCCUGAGCUGGCUGAUAUUAUACCAAGGGAUACUCUUCUUUGGAAGCUGAAACUUCUCAAAUCAGCUGCUGCAUAUGCUAAUUCACGUAUUCAUGCUGUUAAAGCUGAAGUUCUUGUACUUGCUAGUGGCAAGGACAACAUGCUUCCCAGCAUAAACGAAGCUCAAAGACUCAUGGGAUUAUUGCAAAACUGCAAAGUUCGUGUCUUUAAGGACAGUGGACACACACUUCUCCUGGAAGAUGGUAUUGGUUUGCUGACAAUCAUCAAGGGAACUUGCAUGUACCGUCGCUCAAGGAGGCAUGAUUUGGUCAGGGAUUUCAUACCUCCCAGUAUGACAGAAUUCAGAUAUGCAAUGGAUCAAGUAGUUGGAUCAUUUCGUUCUGUUACUGGAUCUGUAUUUUUCUCAACAUUGGAGGAUGGAAAGAUUACAAAAGGUCUCUCUGGUGUUCCAGAUGAAGGUCCUGUCUUAUAUGUUGGUUAUCACAUGUUGUUGGGGUUAGAGCUUAUCUCACUCACAGAUGGAUUUUUAAGUGAGAAGGGUAUUGUGCUUCGUGGAAUAGCCCAUCCUGAGCUGUUCAGGCCUAAAGUUGAGUCUUGGUCUUCUGAGUUUUCUAUGAUUGAUUGGGUGAAGAUAUUUGGUGGGGUGCCUGUUUCAGCAAGCAAUAUUUUCAAAUUGCUUUCAACAAAGUCACAUGUUCUCCUAUAUCCUGGUGGUGCGCGUGAGGCUCUCCAUUAUAAGGGGGAAGCAUACAAGUUGACUUGGCCUGAUCACCCAGAAUUUGUGAGAAUGGCAGCACGAUUUGGUGCCACAAUUGUGCCAUUUGGAGCUGUAGGUGAAGAUGAUUUAGCUGAAUUAGUUCUUGACUACAACGACUUAAUGAAGAUCCCCAUAGUCAACGAUCGUAUAAGAAAUAUGAAUCGUGACUCAGUUAAGUUUAGAGAUGAAACAAGUGGCGAGGUGGCAAACCAAAAUCUCACUUUUCCAGUGCUUCUACCAAAGAUACCAGGUCGCUUUUACUUUCUAUUUGGGAAGCCCAUAAAAACAAAAGGCAUGGAUAAGAUUCUAAAAGACAGAGAAAGUGCCAACCAAAUGUACCUUGAGAUUAAGUCAGAAGUUGAACACAAUUUAAAUUACUUGAUCAAGAAGAGGGAGGAGGAUCCAUACAGGAACUUCGUCGAUAGGAAAAUGUAUCAGAUAUUUUAUCCUCACGAAACUGAUCCAACGCCAUCAUUUAAGCCCUGAAAAAUGUUUUUGAUAUAUAAUACUCUUUUUAUGUAAUCAUAAUUAUUCUUAAACAGGUACAUGUACAUGGCCAUUAUUCUAAUAAAAUAUCACUUUAUUUUAAUUUUGUUUUUAA